GAAAAAUUCUGACCUUUUGGUCUCAUAUUCACAUUUUGAUUUGAAAAAAAAAAAAUUUAGCUUAAUUUCGGUGUUUCACACUGAAAUUCAAAUGUUGAUGAGUGACACCAAAUGAAUCCAAUGCCAAAGCGCUGUCAAGUUCGAAAACAAAAUUCAUAACGUUGCGCCUUGUGCGGGGCGGACUUCCGCGCAUGCGCACAAUGAGCGUCUGUCCAAGCGCUGAACUCGGCGGGCGUGAAAAUGCACAAGCUGAAGUCGUCGCAGCGGGACAAGGUCCGGCAGUUCAUGUCGUUCACGCAGGCGGGCGAGAAGACGGCCGUUUACUGCCUGACGCAGAAUGACUGGAAGCUGGAGGUGGCCACCGACAACUACUUCCAGAACCCGGACCUUUACUGCAAGGACUCCAUGAAGACGUCCGUGGACCGCAAGAAGCUGGAGCAGCUCUUCAACCGCUACAAAGAUCCCCAGGAUGAGAACAAGAUCGGCAUCGAGGGCAUCCAGCAGUUCUGCGACGACCUGCUGCUGGAUCCGGCCAGCAUCAGCGUGCUGGUGGUGGCGUGGAAGUUCCGCGCCGCCACUCAGUGCGAGUUCUCCAAGAAGGAGUUCCUGGACGGCAUGACGGAGCUGGGGUGCGACAGCCCCGACAAGCUGAAAGCGAUUUUGCCCAGACUGGAGCAAGAACUGAAAGACGGCGGCAAGUUUAAGGACUUCUACCAGUUCACCUUUAACUUUGCCAAAAAUCCCGGACAGAAGGGUUUAGACUUGGAGAUGGCCGUAGCUUACUGGAACUUGGUUCUGUUAGGAAGAUUUAAGUUUCUUGACCUUUGGAAUAGAUUUCUUUUGGAACACCAUAAACGCUCCAUCCCGAAAGACACGUGGAACCUGCUGCUGGACUUUGGCAACAUGAUAGCCGAUGAUUUGUCCAACUACGACGAGGAGGGGGCGUGGCCAGUGCUUAUAGACGACUUUGUGGAAUUCGCCCGACCCAUCGUCACGGGAACGAAACGUAAAACUCUCUAAAAGAAAACCUCAAAAACUGAGAAGAAUUUUUCUUGUACAGAGACUUCAUGGAAUUUUUUUUCGGAAGGAGUAUUUUUAUUUUAUUUUUUAAAUCGGUGGCCAACAGCAGCACUUUUGAGGACGGACGAGGGAAGCCGCCGGAUCGAUCCCGGCCGGGCUCCUCCCGCCGGACCCUCGGAAACCCCCGCGGGCGUUCUCCGCUCCGGGUGGGACACGGGAAAGGAAAAGAAAGGACAAAGGAGUGCUCGAGUCACCAGCACCACGACUUGACCGUACAUACUGUAUCUAUUUACAAAAAAAAAAAAAAAGAGAACUGUAUGAAGAAUAAUAUAAAUAUGAUCCCGUUUAUAAAUCAUUCUUUUAUGUACACUUUAAAGAUGUCUCGUGAGUUUGAUACGAUGUGUCAAGUCAGCGUAGCGCGUCGCCUUUGGGCUGUGAUCGUAUCUUCUCCGUUUUGGUUCUAACCGCGGAACGUCGUCUUAAAUCGCCGCGUCGCGACGACUCUUUACGGUUUCCUUUCGCCGAGGAACGUUUUGACGUCGCCGCUCGGAAUGGCUUUAGGAAUUGAUAAUCAUGUUCUGAAUGUAUUGAGGAAAAAUGGAGUGGACUACUCGGCUGUCUCAACUAAUACGCUGGGAUAGGCUCCGCCGCGACCCUCGUGAGGAUAAGCGGCAAAGAAAAUGACAAAACCAAUCAAAUGUUAAUUUCCCCCCGCAUUGUGGAACGUCCAUCUGGACCUGGGGAGGUGUUUUUCACUUUUUAGGCAACAAUUCCAAAGCUAAUAAAACAAAACGAACGAUAAUAUUGAUCAACAUUAAUAAUAAUACAAUUAGUUUCUGUUCAAUGUUGUUACAGCUCCAGACAAAUUGCCACUUCCAGUAUUCCUGUGGGUACGGUACGAUGUUCCAUUUCAAAUA